ACUCUCCCCCCUCUAGACUACUUGAGGGUCUCUGCUCUUUCAUCAUGUCUCAGUCGCUUGCAUUCUUUCUUUCGGACCACACGCAUGUUUUCUCAUGUAGUGAAUGACUUCUUGCAUUCGACGGUUGCACGUACGAUACGCCCACAUGUGAUCGGUUGAAUCGGAGGAGUACCUGAGGUAGUUAGUGGAAAUCCUGUAGAUAUCAGAGGAGAGAUGGCGAGUCACUUGUCGCACUUGCUGGUGGGAACCACGGCCCUGCUCGUCUAUUACAAUUCCCUCUUCUGUGGCUUCGUCUUCGACGACGUGAGUGCCAUCAAGGACAACAAGGACCUGAGACCUCACACGCCCCUCAAGAACCUCAUAUACAACGACUUCUGGGGCACUCCCAUGCAAAAGGAGCAGAGCCAUAAGAGUUACAGACCCUUAUGCGUGCUGACAUUCCGAUGGAACUACAUGGUACACCAAUUGGAUCCCCUCGGGUACCACUUGGUGAACAUGAUCUUGCACGGGGUCGUCUGUCUGAUGUACCUUCGGUGA